UAAUGCAAGAAUUAUUGCAUUAUAUUACACAAGACAACUAGUCGAUUAUAUUGUCUGAGACUCGUUGCAAUUUUUUCAUCUAUAGUCCCCCCUUUUCUUUUUUACAAUAAUAUUUUAUUUUAUUUUCUCUCAACAAAGAAAUUUAAUUACAACAUGUUGCAUGAAAGUCUCGGUAAAAAUCCAGAAAUUCUGACGAAUAAUCGCCUCUUGGAAUUUAAUUCCAUUGUUGAAUGAAACUUAUACCUCUCAACAUCCACAAACCAUAAGAGUACUCAACACUUCUUUCUUCUUCUUCUUCUUCUUCUUCUUCUUCUUCUUCUGCUUUUUUUUUCUUCUUCCUUCUGUGUCUAACUUUGUCAGAAUUUCUUCAUCCAUCACCGAUUUCUUGAAAAGUAUAUAUACAUAUGAUCAACGGAUUUUAAUUAGUUUGAUCGAUCAUCAUCAGAGGCUGCAAGGAAACAGCACACAGCUAUCCUCGUCGUCCCAUACAGAUGUUAGAAUCUGAGGAUUGAUCGAAUCAGAUCUGAAGAGAGCUUCAAGAAUAAUAUAUUGGAAGAGCUUCAUCAGUAUAUAUCCUCUGGGUUUGUAUCUCUGCCGAAGAAUUCCCAGAAUCAAAACUGUGUGAUGACUACAAAGGGAGACUAUAAGACAACAUAUUCAUAGAGCAACCAUUAAAAGCACAUAUAAACAAAACAAGCAAUGGCUGAUGAAGAAAUGAUUAAUGGAGGCCAUAAUUAUAUUGGAGAGGAAGGUGCAGACAACAUGUUACAAGAUGAUUCCUCAGAGAAUUCAUCGAUUGAUCUGAAUGAAGAAGCAGACAGCAAUCACUUGAUUUGUGAUCCAAUGAAUAACAAUAAUGACAUGUCAUCCGGCGACGGCGAAUUAACGAGAUCGGGGGAUAGCUCAAAGUCAGGAGAGCAAGGGAAUCAGGAGAAGAAGAACACAGUCAGACAGUAUAUCAGGUCGAAAAUGCCGAGGCUGAGGUGGACUCCUGAUCUCCAUCUUUCAUUUGUUCAUGCCAUUGAAAGAUUAGGUGGACAAGAAAGAGCAACUCCCAAAGCAGUUCUUCAGCUCAUGGAUGUUAGAGGACUCAGCAUUUCUCAUGUCAAAAGUCACUUACAGAUGUAUAGAAGUAAGAAACUGGAUGAAUCUGGCAAAGUAAUAGGACAAGGGAAUAGGAUUUAUGUCCAAGGGAGAAACCACCUUUAUGGAAGUGCUCAUCAUCACCAUCAUCAUCAUCAUCAUCACAGCAAAUGCAGCAGCCCUUUUCAUCAGCUAAGAGUAGAAAAUGGUGGGAUUGUUUUGGCCAGGAAUUCGAAUCAUGAUGAUCGGACACUCAACUUCCCACAAACCCCAUUCAACUCCACAAAAUCUAUACUAUCCAGAUAUCAGCAAAAAAUUUCACCUCAUCAAGAAGCCAAAAUGAGGCUUGAUUCCGGGCUAACUUCGCAUUCAGCCAUGGCGAAGCUGUCCAAUCCUAUGCGUACUACUAAUGCCGCCAUGCCAGAAGGCUAUCCGGUCAGGCCGGCCCAAUUUCUUGAAGAAAGACGGUGGCCACCGCGACAAACAAUGAUCCAACAAAACCAAUUACCUAAGCGAAGAGAAUUCCAAACCUCAAACAUUUGGUCACAGAACUUGUCUCGCUGGAGAAUGUCCAUUGACACCAACCAGCAAACAAUGAUGAAAUCCAGCAUCACACCUCAUAAUAACCCUAAGCCACUGAUCAAUCUCGACCACUCCUUAAGGCUACAGAUGAAUGAGGAUAAGAGAAACAUCCAAAUUCAGGGUAAAGAACAAAGCUGGUUUUCUGGUCAUGAUUUACAGCUUAGCCUGAGCUUAAAUGGCAAUGAACAUUAUCAGAAGGGAUGCUGCAGCAAAGGUGGGGAAUCAGACAUCAACACACAGCUUUCUCUUGCUUUGAGUGCUCCACAUUCAUCAGGAGCUGCAACCUAGACAGACACCUACCCCACCAAAUUACCAUAUUUUCUACAUACACCAGUAUAUAUAUAUAUAUAAUUAUAAUCUGUGAUUGAUACCACAGGCAUACACAUUAUUAGAUUUAUAUAUAUAUAUAUAAUUUCAGAGAUGGAGGCAGGCUGAGUACUUGAGAUCUGACCGUGUAUGCUUGAGAGCAUAGGAGUGAGAUCUUGUAAGUACUCAGCCCUUUUAGGAGAGAGAGAGAGACAGACAGACAAACCUUCUUUAACUACAUACAUUAUACACACAGUUAAUGAUCAUUGUACGUAUAUAUACGCUAUGCAUUUUAUACUAUACAUAUAUACAUACACACAUGACAGUUUGGCGUUUUGUUAAGGGGUUUUUGCUGAACCCAUGCUUGCCAUGUGCAUAUUAAAUAUAGGACAAUUCAAAUUUUUUUGCUAACAUAUGAACUCAUAUAUACGUACUGGAUAUAUAUAU